ACUGUUUAUUGCUCAAUUGUAAUGAGGCCGCGUGAGCGCGCACUGAGUGUUCGUGCGCGCGGCCCGGGGUCGGUCGCAGCCUCACGGACGCACUGAAGAAGCUCCUCAGCAGCAUCACCUCCGCAACGCAGGGUUCAACAGGCGCUGCUCUCCGCUUGCUGUGGGAAAAAAACAAAGAACAUUUUUAUUUAGUAGAGGAACCAAACGCUCCGGGUCGAUCGGUGGGAGAGGAAUUCAACAGACACACCGAGAGGGAUUCAAAGGGAUUUGUACCUGGAGGAUGUGUGGUGUGGACAUUGACCUGGACGAUGGCGGUUCAGGUGAGGACGAGAAAGAGGAGGAGUUCUGGAUCGGGGAGGGGGUGAAGAUCCUGCCCCCUCCCGUGGCCCACAGCGGGGGCAGUGCGUUGGGCAGCCGCAGGGGGAGGUGCAGCUGCGUGGCCUGCGGGGCAGUCCUCAUCCUCUGGAACCUGUGCGUGGUCCUAGCGAGCGCUCUGCUCCUCGCUCUGGUCUUCUCUGUGGUGCUGCUGCCUGCAGUGCUGCUGCUCUACGCCGGGUUCCUCUGUCACUCAAGGGUCCUUGACGCCCCCUCCGCCGUCUGCCGUUACCUUGACGACAACAGCUGCUCCGCCCUGAUCAUCCUGGGCUUUGUGAUGAUGUCGCCACUUGUGGUCGUGGCAGCCGCGGUCUUCUGCGGGCUGCUGCGAAGGUUUCGGCUCCUGCUUCUCAUUCAGCCGAUCACACGUGCCUGGUAUCGAGGGCGGCUGCUGGACUGGGCGGGCAGCAUCCACGCCUGGGUCUGAGGGGGAGGGGCCAGGGGGCGUCGAGGGUCGGACAUAUUAGUCAGAAGAGAAAGUUUAAAUAGUGUGUUGUCAACCAGAGAGGAACAGGGGGUGGCCAAAUCACAGGAAGUAGUAGGUGGUCUGAAAUAGUAAGGUCAUCACAGAUGGACUGGCAUGAUAGGAUACUCAUCACUGAUGUUCAUCACUGAUGUUCAUCGGUAAGCUUUAGAGGUGAGGUUGGACUGAUGCAAGUUCGCAUGUUCCCCUUGUUUGAUGUCUUUAUGCUUAGCUAAGCUCAUUUCCUCUUGUCUGUAACUGAGAGUGGUAUUGAUCCGAGCGAAUAGUCCUAUUUUCCAAAAUGUUGAAGUAUUUCUCCAAGCCCGAAUAUUGUGGUGAUGCUGAACAGUCUUACAUACAGAAAGGUGUUUUCUUGAAAUGUUCCCACCCCCUGCAUAUUUUAGGUCAUAUUGUGAUGUGUACAAAAAUAAGAUUGUACUUGAGUUCGUUGUAGCAGUUUCCACCUCAGUCUUAUUUAGAUUAGAAGUAGAAACGGUCUCAUUUUAAUUUCUGUGAUUCAUCGAGGGACUUCUUUGUGCUUUGACCUCACAUUCAAAAAUAACUAAGACUAUACAACAUAUUCUGCACUCAUUUUAUUCGAGGGGACAUCUUGGGAGAGUCCAGAAAUAAACCAACCCCCUUUAAAUGAAACACUCGAGCAGAGGUCUUUUACAGGCUCUGCUGAAAACUAAAGGGGACAGAGAGUUUGCAUUCAGGCCCCGAGGCUCUGGAACGAUUAGCCCGAGGAAAUUCGGUCAGCUCGGUCUCUGAUCUCUUUUAAAUCCCUUCUUACUGUAAAAUAUAUUUUUACCGGCAAGCCUUUCCAGAUUUUACUUCUAGUUUUAGUUUCUUUUGAACUAUAUUUUUUAAGGUUUUUAUACUACAUUAGCUUUUAUUUGUUCUCUUUUCAACCCAAUGGUUUGACUGUUUCAUUUCACUGCCUGUUUUGAACUUUGUGAAGCACUUUGUAAUCUUCAUUUUCAAAAGUGCUCUAUUAGUAAAGAUUGUGAAGAUGAUGAUGAUGACUAGUAAUUAUAAUAAUAAUACAUCUGUAUGGAAAGUAAAGGAUAAACGAAGGCUCUUACACAAAUAAGACUCAAAGAACUGUCGCUGUACUUUUGAUGAGGUUAUAGUUUGUGGUGAAUAACACAUCACAAAUUGGUUUGUUGACUGUAUUAAAUUACAUUUUGUGUGUAUAACCAAUACUUUUGUGAUUUUGUAUUGCUUGUUUGCCAACUCUGUUGUUAUGGUUACAUGUGGACUAUUCUCUGAAAUUAAUUGACGUUAUUUGUGGUUUCUCUGUGUAAGUCUAUCCCAUAGCAUCUUGUGGCAGGAGCGGGGUGUGCGUGAAACAUAUUUUCUUCUAGUGGAUCUUUUCAUAUUGUGCCAUAAAAAACACAACCUUCAUUAUGAGAGCAACAGACGAUUACAACCUGACAAAGUAAUGGUCGCCGCAGGUGUUAAAUAGGGAUUUAAAUUGUCAGACCUGGAGCUCAUUCUGCCGCCUCUUUGCUUUAAGGUCAUUUAAAUUCAUCAGCAACACACAACUGCUCAUCCUUUUUAUCACCGUGUCCCUGCUCUGUAAUUAAGAGCUCAGAUUUGCGGUUUCAGUCUUAAGAAGAAAGCCUUGAAUCACAUUUUAAUAGACCUGUUCAUUGACCUGUGCCCUUGUUAUCAUAUAUUAAUGUAUUUAUUUAUUUAUUUAUUUGUGAUUUAUUGUGUCCCAGUCCUGUUUUUUGAUCCUCAAUCGAUUAUUAAAUCGCAGCAACCAAUCCCCAUUUAUUCCACUGUGUGAGAUGACUGAACAGUGGAGAAGAGUGAAGUUUACCUAUUUUUAUUUUUGCCAGGUCGUAUGCUCGUCAGUGUUUUUGUCAGUGUUAUCAUGAAGCGUGGCAGCACAUUGCCAUGUUCAGACCUUACAUCAAAAAAAAAGGAGGAGCUUUUUCCCCCCUCAGUGUCUCGCCUGUGUUGUAACAAGUUUAUGAAGGUGAUGAUCAGAGUCUAGCCAGUGAGGACUCUCACCUUCUCUCUCAAUCGUACGCAACAUAUUCUAAAAGCACACUGAAUGGGAAUUUUGACCUCAAUCUCCAAAACAAACCAGUGUGAGAAAGACUCGCCCCCGAGCCUUCUCACUCGCACUUUACCUUCUGUCACAUUCAUGCAGCACAAUAAGCCGAUUAAAGGAGAACGUUGCCUCUGUGUGGUUGUCCAGUCUGCUCCUGGUGAUGUAUGCAGUCCAUUAAACCAGUUCAGCUCUG